CACAGCCACAACUCUUCAGAUUCUCCUUCCCUCCCCACUCUCAACCACAAGUCCUCUGCCAGUCCGUCUCUCAUCUCCGCUUAAAGUAACCACAGCACCCAAGCAAUUCCUCCUCAACGACGAACUCUGCGCUUGGUCGAAUAUGGGCUGCGCAAACUCAAAACGACUCGAUGCUGUGGUUGACGCUGACGUCUACCGGCCACCGCCAAACAGCAUCGCUAUCUUUGACAUCACGAAGAUAGACGAGCCCUGGCUACUCACCACUGUCCCCGUAGACGACCACAUGGACAAGAAUCCGCCAAAGGCAACCCCGGUGCCGCUUUCUUUGCUCGAGAAGCUCGAUUCCUUUGAACUAGCUCCGAAGUCCUGGUCCGAGGUCAGCAAAGCAUUGGAAGACCUCAAGCCCUCCCUCCAAAAAACCCCAUCGCAACCAUUAGCAACCUCCAGAAAAAGUCCCCCAAUCCUGCCUCCUAGCAACAUCGAACGCGCUUCUAAUUCGCUUUCUCGGUCAUCGCUACCAGACCUGGCGGGUUUUCGGUCAGUUAAGGAGAACAUUUUCGUGGUGCGGGACCGACAGGAGCGGGAGGGCAUGAAGGACCCGCAAGAGUUACAGAGGUGGAAGAGACGGGAACCGCUAGAAGGGUAUACGGAGAGGCGGCCUCCAGGUAACUCAGACGGGGUUGUGCUUUACACGACGACGCUGCGGGGGGUGCGGCGGACUUUCGAGGAUUGCCAGCUGCUGCGGCUGGUUGUGGAGGGGCAUGCAGUUGAAGCCGGUCUGGAGGUUGACGAGCGUGACGUUUCGCUUCACGGGCAGUAUUUGAAGGAGGUAAGGGAGCUCGUCGGGGAGAGUGCAGCAGUUCCAAGGCUGUUCGUUGCUGGGAGAUAUGUGGGCGGGGUUGAGGAGGUGGUGGAGCUGGCCGAAAUGGGGAAGCUUGGGGAAAUGAUGAGGUGGGUGGGGAGGAGGUUAGGAGGGGAAGAGGUGAAAGGGGGAAGGAGAGAUUGUAGUGGAUGUGGAGGGGCGAGGUUCGUGCCUUGUACUGAGUGCAGCGGGAGCUGCAAGAUCGUGGCGGAGGACGGGAAGCGUGUGGUGAGUUGCAGGCUGUGUAAUGAGAAUGGCCUUGCGCUGUGUCCCAUGUGCCAUUGAGUAAUUUUUGUAUUAUUUCUUCAUAAUUAAAUAUCUACUAUUAUUAAUAGAGAUUUGUUGAAA